AUGGGGAGAAUUAAGAAGGUGGCCAGCCAAAAGCAUGAGGCUACAAUUUCGCCUUUCUUGGGAGACUUCAUCGCGCGUAUCACCAGUCUUCCCGUUCCAGAACUACCUUCCCUUUUGGCCACAUUCCCGAAACUAUGGCCCUUCCCUCGAGGCGACCUCUAUCACUGGAUUGCUGUCUUGGACCGCUUCGAUGAGAUAUUGGCCUCCGUCAUCGACAGAUACUUCUUGAACAUUGGCCCACAAACACAUCCUUUUGCCCGGACUGUCCUGCAGGAGGCAUAUGCCGCCGAUCCGGCUAAAACCCCGACAGAGGGCAUUGAUGCUAAGCUAAAUACUCUGGGAUAUGGCCCCGAUGGCGAUAGAGAACUGGUGGAGGCUAUUCUAGAAUUCUCGCGGCUGCUGCUUGAGAAAUGUGGCAACCGCAGUUUGUAUAGUAGCAGUGAGCGCUUGGGCGAUCUCUUGAACACCACUUCGCUGUCUCUUCUCUACUCGACUCUGCGCUUGUCGCUCUGUCUUGCACAAAGGUACCACUCUCGCCAGCGAGGUACUCAUCAGCAGAGCAUGCUGGCGACUCACUACAACAUCGAUUUGGAGAAGCUGCAGAAAAUAGCCGCACCGUUCCCGCGCCCAUUUAUAGCAGGCAAAGCCUCAACAUCUGCCACCCCUACUGUCUCCGCCAAGGGCAAAGAAAAAACACCCCAAACAAAGCUCAAUGCAAACGAGUUAAUCUCCCUCGUACGCGAUCACGACGGCUGGGAAGAAUGGGGCAAUGUGCGUGUGCUUUACUACCCCUCUGGCUCCUCCGAACAAACGCGGACAACGUCGGAAUUCGGACAGAGUGAUAGUUCUCACACUCCAUCUACACCUACCCCCCUCCGUCGCACUGCGACUCAUCCUACUCCUCGAUUAAGUCGGGGAUCAAAUGUCGAAGAGUCUCCUUCAGCUGCCCCCAAUGCAGGUGGGAAGCCAGAAGAAUCGUCCGGCGGUGGAAAAAUUUUGGACCUACCGUACUCCAAAAUUUCAUCAGGCAAAGUUGAAGAUCUCCUUGCCGCCAACUUGCCAGCUCUACCCUUGGAGUCGAAGUUCGAACUGCUUCACAAAGUCCGUGUUGCUCAAGCCUUAGCUGGAUCCCGCGCGGAUCGAGAACGAAUCCUAUCUAUCCGUAUUCUUGCUGUGACGAAUCUGGCUUACGUCAAUACUGAAUCCGCUUUCCAGCAGAAGAUUCUUCAAGCCGAUACGGAACAGCCGAAACGCCUUCAGCUCAGCUACCAAUUGGCCGAACUCGUUCACCUGGGCGCUAGCGGCGACCUCGUCGUAUCGAGAACAGUGCAAACAUUAGCUCUUCAAGCCCUCGAUGCGCUGGCAAAGCAAAAGGCACGCGCAGUCGAUGUUUGCGCAGCUCUGAGCGUUAAUGUCAACCAUGGUGUCUUGAUGUUCCUAACUCGAAAGGUCGUCAACGAACUGGGCGACGAAACUGACAACACCGACGAUCCUUACCAUGACGAAUGGCGUGAUGCUCUUCUUGCUCUUUUACGAACUCUUCCAAGCUCUAGCUCUCGGACACCGGAGACUCUAGUUGCAGCUGGCCUCAUCCCUAUGUUUGUUGAUAUCUUGAAUCUUCGAACCACCAAGGCCCGCCGUGUCUUCUCUCGAGUCAUGGAAUUUCUCGAUACAUUUGUCCAUGCUGUUAGGGAUGCACUGGGUACAUUGACGGCUGCAAAGGGAUUCGAUGCCAUUUCUGAUUUGAUUGACAAUGAGACUAAAACCGCUUUUGAAAACGUCUCCCGUGGAGAGGGCUUCCCUACCAAGUACAAGAACCCAUCGAUCGAUUACCAGAUUCCCUACUUCCAACAGCAGACGCUUCGGUGGAUGUUCCGUUUUGUCAACCAUAUCAUGCAGCAUAACGGUGGAGGAUUUGACCGCGUGCUGCGUAAUUUGAUUGACUCGCCUCAGCUUUUAACCUCGUUGCGCUUGGUGUUCGAGAAUGCCCGGAUAUUUGGCUCGCAUGUCUGGAGCAAUGCUGUCAAUAUUCUUAGCAGCUUCAUCCACAAUGAGCCUACUAGCUAUGCAGUCAUCGCUGAAGCUGGUCUUAGUCGGAGUCUCCUUGCCGCUGUCAUGGGCCGCGAACUCAAUGCUAAGGAGAAACCGCCUGCUUUGGAGCCUGAAGAUGCCAACCCUGAGGGUGCUGAGCCCUCCCAGUCGUCCGAUGCGGCGCAGCCUUCUUCGCCAGUGGAGGCAAAGAAGAAGGGUCGCGAAUACACUCUUGCCAGACCACGGAAUACACCUCUUGCACCCGGCAUUAUUGCCGCUGCUGAUGCUCUUGCCUGCAUUCCCUCGGCAUUCGGUGCGAUCUGUCUGAACUCAUCGGGCUUGGAUCUUUUCCAGUCCUCAGAUGCGCUUGAGAGCUUUUUCGAAAUUUUCGAGAAUCCAGAACAUGUUAAGUGCCUCAAGGAUGAUCCCAACUUGGUUCGUUCCUUAGGUACCACAUUCGAUGAGCUUGUCCGACAUCACCCAGCCUUGAAGACCUCUAUCAUGACUGCCGUCAUUGUCAUGGCUGCUCGCGUCAGUCUUCUCGGUAGAAUUAAGGCUUGGGAGCUCGGAAUGGGAAGUAAGCUAUGGCAAGAGGACUCCCAAGGCCAACUCGUUCUCUCCGGAGACAUUUUCUCCCUAUUCCGAGAAAUUGGUACUGCUCCCGAUGCAUCAGUUGAGGACCCAAUGACAUUUGGCGCUCUUCAGCUCAAUGCUGAUGCACUUCCUAACGGCGCAAAGCUUGUUGUUGGUGAUCUGAGCCAAUUUCUUCCUUCCCCACCCGCGGGCUUUGAGCCAAAAGACAAGGAUGAGCAUGGGCUCACUGUGACUGACUAUUUAUUCCCUGCCAUCCGAUUCUUGGGUGCCUUUUUUGAGAACCAGCCCAAUUGCGCAUCCUUCAUUCUCGCCGGUGGAGCGGAGUUUGUCUUGGAUUAUGCUACUCUCCAGAGUUUGUCCUUCGAUUUCCAUAACACGGAUGCCAACCAGGAACUCACAGUUCUGGUACACAUGCUUGCUGAAACGAAGCCGCACUUGAUUAUCCCGUCUCUCAUGCACCGUGCCCAGUCAUCGGUUGAUAAUCUCGAAGCUUUUUGGAAUGCACCUAAAGAGUCUGGAUUUUUCACACCCCUUACUCAACCUCUCGAUUCUAAAGAGUCACGACUAGUCCCAACCCCUGCUGUUGAUCACGGAACCUUUUUCGUGAAGCACAUGAAUGCCGUCCUCGUUCUCACAGAUUUGCUCCGUGAGAUCUAUGCUAUGCCUUUGUACCAGACUCGGUCUGCCCAGCAAAUAUAUCCCUUCAGCCAGGUUGUCCUCGCUGAUCGAUACUGUGCUCUGGUUUCCUCGCUUGGCAAUCUCCACGCUGCCUGUACAUGGGAAGAAAUCAUGAUGGAGAAGCAUAUUCCAGAGACUUGGGUCCAGGCCACCAAGACCACAACUGGAAAAUCCGGACCUGAACGCCCUAAUGACACUACUGGAGACUCACAAAUAAAUUCUUCCGGGACCACCGCAGCCACUAUUCAGCCGGGAGGGUCUGGUGCUCCCGAGAGUGGCAAGACUCCUGCGGCAGAAGAGCCCGAAAGUGAAGAGGCCAAAGCAGCCACUGAACGAAGUGCUGCUUUCAAGAAUGUCCAGAUUCUUCGCUACCUUUUGAGCUCUCUGCCUUCUUCAAUCACAGGUUUCUUUCACAAUCUAGGGUUGGGUCUCAUCACUCGAAAGCGUAUGGAUCCUCACAAUGUUCAUCAUAACAUCCAGAGGGCAAACGCCAACAUGGUUGCUGAUGCCAUCGCCCAAGCCGUGCUCCGAGAGCUUCAAUUUAGUGCACCCAGUUCCUGCGACAGCCCAAAGCAUCGUUUUGCUUACCUCAUUGUCAUUCUUUCCUCAUUUUCGCAUCUUCUGUACGAAGUCGCCACUGACCGGCCCCAGUCGAAUUACUUGACUCUUGUUCUCGUUGCUUUCAAACGAAACAAUGGGUUGAAGGUCUUGAAGGAUAUCUGCGAAGUUUUGAUGCAGGAGGUCAAGGCUCUCACUUCGGCUGACAAUGCUUCUAAUCCUGAUAAGGACGUGGCUGCUCGGCUUACCUCUGCCUACGGUGGAAUAAAGAUCAUCCUCGCCCUGUUCGCAGAGCUUGCCGGAGGCAAGAGUAUCGUGGAGUCCAGCCAAACACAAGCUUUGGCUGGCCAUCAUGACCGAGACCGUGAUCGCCCGGAUUACUUCUCACCUGGCCAGUUUUUGGUGGAUCUUCGAAUGGAAAUUCUCCCCAUGAUUCAGGAAAUGUGGAAUUCUGACUUCGCAACCCAGUCUUCUAGUACAAUUGUCAAAUGUCUGGUAGACGUCCUUCGUUCUUCUUUGGAUGGCGAAUAUGAAUCUGGAGCUGCGCACAAGUCGGAUACCCCUCCUGCUAUCGUUGAGUUGCCUCGAAGGGCGUUCGUUAUCAGCGAAUCAAAGUUGGCGACUUUGAAAGAGAAGGGGUUCCCCCCUGAACUGAACAACGAAGCAUUGUAUCGUUGCAACAACUCCGUGAACCAAGCCGAGGAGUACUGUAAUGCUCAAUCUUGCCUUCGUGCCCCGCCUAGACUUCCUCCACGUCCCAACGAUGUUCAAACGGGAUCUUCCGAUGCUACUUCGGGAGAAGGCCCCGAGGACACAAACGUCGGGGAUGCCACGCCGAUUACUCCAGGUCUUUUGGAGCACGGUGGCCUUGCUAUGCUGCUGGCCCAGGCUGGUCGUCCUGUCGGCGAUGCGAUGGAGGAUGACGACACGGCGAACAUGGAUCCUCUAAUGCGCGAUGGUUUGGCUCGAGCGAUUUCCAAUGUGCUGAAUGAGGAAGAGGGUAUGAUUCGCGGCGAGACUCGGAGUGAGCCCUCCGCACACCAGGAACGUCCCCGCCCUCUGCUUGCACAGGGACCUUCUGAGUCUGUCAGUCAACAUCAGAAAGAAACAAAGAAUGAGGAGCCUGUCCGUCGUCGCCAAGAAAUCACCGUCGAGGAUUUGGAUGUCCAGAGAAAUCUGGUUCGAUCAAACCUGAUUGAGCGCUGUCUGGACGUUUUAAAUGAGCACCAUGACGUCUCUUUUGAGCUAGCCGACUUGAUCUCCUCUGCUAUCAAGAAGCAUCGUGAACCAGAGAGCUUCCGACGAGAUAUUGGCGAGACUCUUGUCCAAUCUCUCGUCUCAUUGCAGAUGGAGAACUUCCAGACUGCUGGUAAAAAGGUUGCUGCUUAUGCGCACAUUCUUGCAUUGGUUCUUCAAGACAGAGACAUGUAUACUGCUACUCUUGAAGAGCUCAAAGAUUGCUUCUCGACAUUCUUGAGCUUCAUCAAGCUCCCUGCUCCAGAAAAGUCUGCCGAUGAGACUUUCCCGUGGAUCGGCCAUGUUCUACUUAUUCUGGAGAAGCUGCUUUCUGACGAUUGUCAGCCGCCUCAGAUCUCCUGGACUCCACCAAACACCGAUGAUCCUAACGCUGAUAAAGAUGAACCCGCUCAUCUUGAAGAGCCUCUUGUCUCCCUUGAUGAGAAGACCCAAUUGUUUGAGGCACUAGUUGAAAUCCUGCCUCGUGUUGGCAAAGAUGAUACCCUCUCCCUCUCGGUGUGUCGUGUCUUGGUAAUUCUUACCCGGCAUCGCAGCAUUGCCUCUCGCUUCGGGGAGAAGCGCAACCUACAGCGUCUCUUUGUUAUGGUGAAGCAGUUGGCCAGCGCCACCAACGAAAAGCUUCAGAGUACUUUUAUGUUGAUCUUGCGCCACAUCGUUGAAGAUGAAGCAACUAUUCGUCAAAUUAUGCGGAGUGAGAUUGUGGCUGCAUUCGAGAAUAAGACUUCUCGCCAGAUCGAUGCCUCCGGAUUUGUGCGACAGAUGUACCACCUUGUCCUCAGAGCACCUGAAAUCUUUGUCGAAGUGUGCAAUGAAAAGUUGCUUCUCCAGCGAUACGAUUCGAAUCAUCCGCGCCCCCAUAUUCUUGGGUUGAAGUCCGACCACACCCCGCGCCCACGUGCUGGCAAGGACGACAAGGCCGAGGAUAAAAAUGACUCUUCGACGGCGGAGGCGUCAUCAAGCGUAGAGGACAAAGACAAAGAAAAGGAGAAGAGUCAAGCUAAAGGUGCCGAGCUUAAGCCUCCAGUGGUCGAGAACCCUGAUGGUGUCAUUCAUUACCUUCUGUCUGAACUCUUGUCGUACAAGGACGUAGAUGACAAGGAGCCCUCAACGAAUGAAUCGACUGAAACCCCUGCUCAGGAUCAGUCCGAGCCCCAAACUGACAUUGAGAUGUCUAUUGAUGAGCACACACCAUCAGUGACUAGCAGUGCUGAUGUUCAGCCUAGUCGUGCUGCCAAGAAAGGAGAAAAACCAUUGUUUAAGGCCGAGGACCACCCGAUCUACAUCUACCGAUGCUUCCUCCUGCAGUGCUUGACCGAACUUCUCUCAUCAUACAAUCGGACGAAGGUUGAAUUCAUCAACUUCUCACGCAAGGCUGACCCUCUCGCUACGACUCCUUCCAAACCACGAUCAGGAAUCCUUAAUUAUCUACUCAAUGUGCUGGUUCCUCUCGGCACUAUGGAGCAUGAUGAGAGCCUGGCAUUCAAAAAGCGCAGUAUCACGUCGACAUGGACUAUGCAGGUGCUUGUAGCCCUGUGCACCAAAACUGGCGAAUUCGGUGGUCCUGCCAGACGCCGAGGUGAAUCAAAGCGUCAGGAAGAGGAUGAACCAGAGCUUGCUUUUGUUCGCCGAUUCGUGUUGGAACAUGCACUUCGGUCAUAUAAGGAUGCUAAUGCGUCAACUGAACCUUUGGACGCCAAGUAUUCCAAACUCAUGUCUUUGGCCGACCUUUUCGACAAAAUGCUCAGUGGCUAUUCCUACUCCACAGAUGCCGGCUUCCCGUCUUCAACCAAGCAGCUCGCGAAGGUCAUGUUUGAAAAACACUUUAUUCCUGCGUUGACGGCAUCAGUUGCCGAGGUCGAUCUCAAUUUCCCAUCGUCAAAACGUGUCAUCAAGUACAUUUUACGUCCAUUGAACAAGUUGACCCAGACCGCUGUACUUCUCAGCGAAUCCUCUGAUAUCUCGACUCUGGGUGAAACCGAAGAUGAUGAGAUUUCCUCCGCAACCUCUGUGUCAGACAUGGAGGAUGAGCGUGAGGAGACUCCUGAUCUUUUCCGUCAUUCUACGCUUGGUAUGCUGGAGCCUCGCCACGAAGAAGAAACCAGUACCGAUGAGUCCGAGGGCGAAGAAGACGACGAGAUGUACGAUGACGAAUAUGAUGAUGAGAUGGACUACGACGAGGAUGUUCCCGAGGAUGACGGGGAAGUGGUCAGCGAUGAAGAUGAGGAUGUGGAUGGUGUUGGUCCCAUCGAAGGUCUCCCUGGUGAUGCUGUCGAAGUUAUCAUUGAUGAUGAAGAUGAUGAUGACGAUGAAGAUGACGACGAGGAUGAUGACCACUCUGACAUGGAGGACGAUGAAAUGUAUGCUGGAGAAAUCACCGGAGAUCAUGACAACGAGAGCCUCGAAGAUGGUGAAGACGACGAGUGGGAGAGUGAAGACAUGACCGAAGACGAAGAAGAAGCCGAGAUGAUGAAUCAGUUUGAAGACGAGCUGGCUGCCGACAUGCGCCAAUCACACCGACCACCCGAACCGCAGCGCAUUGAUGAUCUGUUCCGUGUUCUUAAUGAAGCUGCUGGUGGUGUCGAUAAUCUUCAUGGCGAUGGCCUUGGAGGCGAUAUUCAUGAUGAUCUCCUCGACGAGCUCAAUGAGGGAGAAGAGGACGAUGACGAGAUGGAUGAGCUUGAUGAAGGCGAUGAUUAUGAUGACUAUGAUAUGGAUCAUGGAUCUGAGGGAGACAUGGAAGAUGACGAUCUUCUGGAGCCCUGGGGCUGGGAAGGUGAUGAGGCUCCACCCGUUCGAGGACAUCAUCAUCAUCGCUACCGUGGGGGGCCUCCCCCAGCUUGGGCUACUGUGACCGAAAUUUUGCCUGGUCAUCGCGGCGGUCUGGUUCCAAUCCAACCCUACCCUCGUGUUCAUAGAACCCAAAUCCCGUCUCGCGGCAACGACGAUGGAACCAAUCCUCUCCUUAUUCGGAGCGAUCGUGGUGGAGAUCCUGCUGCGCUCCGUGGGACCGGUGCUGAAGUCUUUAAUGACUGGGCUCAAGCUCUUGAACCCCCAGGUGGUAGCCGUCUACUUGCCAUGGAUAGCCCGGUCAGCUUUAUGAAUGCGAUUAUGCAGGCUAUUGGUGGAAAUGCCGCACCUGGCCUGGGUGUUGUUACUCGUCCUGAUGGUAUUCAUGUUCAUGUGGAUCGACGUGCAAUUUUGCCAAAUCGCCUGCAUGACAUUUUCGGAAUCAGAGGCGCUCCUGCUCCUCAAGCCCGCGGUCGCGAUGAUCCCCACAAUGCUGUCAAAUUUGCGCUCUCGACCACCAGGAAUCGUUGGCAAGAGGAGGCUCGUAUUCUGUUCAGCACUACCUAUGUCGAAAAGACCCAGCGCGUCGUCAACUCUCUUCUGAAAGUCUUGGUUCCCCCCGCCAUAGAAGAGGAGAAACUACGGCAAAAGGCAAUGGCAGAGGAGCAAAAGCGUGCUGAAGAGGAACGUGCUGAGAAGGAGCGUCAAGAACGCAUAGCUCGAGAAGAAGAGGAACGUGAGCACAAGCGCAAGGAGGAAGAAGAGAAAGCUCGACGCGAGGCCGAGAGAGAGCAAGAAGAAGCCGAGCGACAAGCCGCUGGACUUGCCGAACCUAUGGAAGAUGUUCAACAGACAGACACCGCCGCUGAAGCUGCCGAGUCAUCCACCCAGGCCGAGACCGGCCGUCCCGAACCUGUCGAACGUGUUCACACUACUAUCCGAGGCCGCCAACUCGAUAUUACUGGUUUGGAAAUUGAUCCAGAGUAUCUAGAAGCCCUGCCUGAGGAGCUUCGAGAAGAAGUCAUCAUGCAACAACUUGCUGAACAGCGAUCUCAAGCCGCCGCUGCCGGGGAGGAACCCACCGAAAUUAACGAAGAAUUCCUAGAGGCCUUGCCAGCAGAGAUCCGUGAGGAACUGCUUCAACAAGAAGCCGCUGAUCGACGCCGACGAGAACGUGAAACUGCACGCCGGCAAGCCAAUCCCAGCAGCGGAGCAGCACCACACGCCGUGGAUAUGGACAACGCUAGCUUCUUUGCCACCCUGGAUCCAUCUUUGCGCCAGGCAGUCCUUGCCGACCAACCAGAAGAUGUGCUUGCUACAUUGGGGCCGGAAUAUCUUUCGGAGGCUCGUGCUUUGAACGGUCGCCGUAUCGCCCAGUUUGGUGACAUUUCUGGAAUGGAACACCGCCAAAGAAACGACAAUGCUGAGGAUCAGGAGCCGAAGAAGCCCCAGAGACGCACCAUCGUUCAGAUGCUCGACAAGGCUGGCGUUGCGACCCUUCUACGUUUGAUGUUCAUGCCUCUUCAGGGUAACGCUCGCCAUCUUCUGAAUGAUAUUCUCCACAAUGUCUGCGAGAACCGCCAGAACAGAAGCGAGGUGAUUAGUCUUCUUCUGUCUGUUCUGCAGGAUGGUAGCGUGGAUUCAUCUGCAAUUGAGCGCAGUUUCUCGCAUUUGUCACUCCGUGCUAAAGCUCCGGGUGUGCAAAAGACCCCGCAAUCUGUCAAGCGGAACCUCACCCUCCAGACUUCCUCAAGCAUUAGCAGUGAUGUGACCCCAAUCAUGGUCGUCCAGCAAUGCUUGAGCACGCUUUCUUUUCUUUCCCAAUUCAACCCUCACAUUGCCUGGUUCUUCCUGACCGAGCAUGAUUCAGCUUCAUCUCUUAAGCUGAAGGCUUUCCGAAAGGGCAAGGGCAAGGAAAACCGCGCCAAUAAGUUUGCACUCAAUGCGCUGCUCUCUCUUCUUGACCGCAAGUUAAUUAUGGAGAGUCCUAACUGCAUGGAGCAGCUAUCCAGUUUACUGAGCAGCAUCACCCAGCCUCUUACUGUUCUUCUUCGCCGUGAAAGGGAAAAGCAGGAGGAGCAAGAAAAGGGCAAGAAAGCUGAGGGUAUUGAGGCCGAGGAGUCUUCCAAAGAGCCUACUGCUGCCGAUACUGCCAUGACCGAUGCGCCGCUUCCCACAGUCGAGAAUGCGACUGAUCAAGAUUCUCUUGCCGAAGGCGAGGAAGCUACGGCAGAUGACAAGAAGCCCGAGGACUCAGAGCAACCUGCUGAAGAUGAGAAACGCAAGCGUCGCUCCAUUGAGCCUCCUGUCGUCCCUGAUCAUAACUUCCGACUAGUUGUCCAUAUCCUUGCAGCUCGCGAGUGCAACGGCAAGACUUUCCGCGAUACCCUCUCCACAAUCAACAACCUUUCCGCUAUUCCUGGAGCUCGCGAUGUGAUCGGGAAUGAGCUUGUUGGCCAAGCCCAGGGUCUCAGUGACACUAUCCUUGCCGACCUAGAGGAGCUUCUACCCCACAUCCACCAAGCCAAGACCGGCACGGACAUGCAAGGUCUGGCCCUGGCCAAAUUCUCCCCCGCCAGUUCUGAUCAAGCCAAAUUGCUGCGUAUCCUCACGGCACUCGACUAUCUCUUCGAUCCCACUCGUGUUGAUAAGUCCAAGGGUGUUGAACCAGAGUCUGCGCCUAAGGAGGAUGUGCUGAAGAGACUUUAUGAAAGUGCGACUUUCGGCCCGUUGUGGACCAAGUUGAGCGACUGCUUGACCGUCAUUCGUCAAAAGGAGAACAUGCUGAACGUUGCUACUAUCCUCCUACCCCUAAUUGAGGCUUUGAUGGUUGUCUGCAAGAAUACCACCUUGAAGGACCAGCCACUCUCUCGGGGCAGUCGUGAGUUAUCUGUCAACAGUGCUCAGGCUGACACUGGUUUGAGCAUGGAAAACUUGUUCUUCAAGUUCACUGAGGAGCACCGAAAGAUACUCAAUGAGCUCGUCCGUUCAAACCCUCGGUUGAUGAGUGGCACCUUCUCGUUGCUUGUGAAAAAUCCUAAGGUCCUGGAAUUUGACAACAAACGCAACUACUUCACUCGCCGGGUGCACUCGCGUGGUGCUGAGCCCCGUCACCCUCAUCCUCCUCUUCAGCUUUCUGUCCGCCGAGACCAGGUCUUCCUUGACUCCUUCAAGUCUCUUUACUUCAAGUCCGCAGAUGAACUUAAGUAUGGCAAGCUGAACGUGCGGUUCCACGGCGAAGAGGGUGUGGACGCUGGUGGCGUUACUCGCGAAUGGUUCCAGGUCCUCGCCCGAGGCAUGUUCAACCCUAACUAUGCUCUCUUCAUCCCCGUUGCCGCCGACAGAACUACCUUCCACCCCAACCGUCUCAGUGGCGUCAAUUCCGAACAUUUGAUGUUCUUCAAGUUCAUUGGACGUAUUAUCGGCAAGGCCUUGUACGAAGGUCGCGUUUUGGACUGCCACUUCUCCCGCGCCGUCUACAAGAAUAUCCUUGGUCGUUCCGUGUCGAUCAAGGAUAUGGAAACGCUCGACCUGGACUACUAUAAAUCGCUGCUUUGGAUGCUGGAGAAUGAUAUUACGGAUAUCAUUACCGAGACCUUUGCAAUUGAGACAGACGACUUUGGCGAGCAGCAGGUGAUUGAUCUGAUCCCUGAUGGUCGUAAUAUCGCCGUCACCCAGGAGAACAAAGAGGAGUAUGUUCAACGCGUGGUUGAAUACCGCCUGGUAGAGUCCGUUCGGGAACAGCUUGACAACUUCCUCAAAGGCUUCCAUGAGAUCAUUCCUCCGGACCUCAUUUCUAUCUUCAACGAGCAGGAGCUGGAGCUUCUGAUCUCUGGUUUGCCCGAAAUCGACGUGGAUGAGUGGAAGAACAACACUGAAUAUCACAACUAUUCUGCCUCCUCAUCCCAAAUCCAGUGGUUCUGGCGCGCAGUCCGUUCAUUCGACAAGGAAGAACGUGCCAAACUGUUGCAGUUCGUAACCGGCACGAGCAAGGUCCCUCUUAACGGUUUCAAGGAGCUGGAGGGCAUGAACGGUGUGAGCAAGUUCAACAUCCACCGUGACUAUGGCAACAAGGAUCGUCUUCCUAGCUCACAUACAUGUUUCAAUCAGCUUGAUCUUCCUGAAUAUGAAAGCUAUGAAGAUCUCCGUCAACGCCUUUAUACUGCGAUGACGGCUGGCAGCGAGUACUUCGGCCACCCGGAGCUCGCUGAGCAGGUGGCUGACCGCCUCGGCAUUGAGUUGACCAAAAUCAUGGUCCUGCAGUACUCCAACCAGGAGACGAGCGUCACAAUCGGUGAAAGUGUGCGAGACGAAGAUGUCUUCAUCUUGCAAUCUACCCGGCCAAAUGACAUCAACGACGGCCUGAUGGAGCUUCUGAUCAUGAUCAACGCUUGCAAGACCGCCUCGGCCCGCCGUAUCACUGCGGUCAUCCCCAACUUCCCUUACGCCCGUCAGGACAAGAAGGAUAAGAGCCGUGCGCCUAUCACUGCUAAGCUCAUGGCCAACAUGCUCCAGACUGCCGGUUGCAACCAUGUCAUCACCAUGGACUUGCAUGCUAGCCAGAUCCAGGGCUUCUUCAAUGUCCCUGUCGACAACCUCUACGCCGAGCCCAGCAUGCUCAAAUGGAUUCGGGAGAAUCUCGACGUGAGCAACUGUGUCAUCGUCAGCCCAGAUGCUGGCGGUGCUAAGAGAGCGACUGCGAUCGCCGAUCGUCUCGAUACCCAAUUCGCCCUCAUUCACAAAGAACGUGCUCGUCCGAAUGAGGUCUCCCGCAUGGUUCUCGUUGGUAACGUUCGCGAUAAGGUCGCCAUCAUCGUCGACGACAUGGCCGACACCUGCGGCACCCUCGUCAAGGCGGCCGAUACCGUCAUGCAGCACGGUGCCAAGCAGGUCAACGCCAUCGUUGUUCACGGUAUUCUGUCUGGUAAGGCCAUUGAGAACCUGAACGGUAGCCGACUCAGCCGACUGGUGGUCACCAACACCGUCCCGCACGCCGAGAAAAAGGAGCAGUGCGAUAAGAUUGAGACUAUUGACAUCUCUCCCACGCUGGCUGAGGCCUGCCGCCGCACCCACAAUGGCGAGUCUGUCAGCUUCCUGUUCUCUCACGCUGUCGCAUAA